UUCUAGUACCUGACGGUUGACGUCUCAGAAAGCCGUUGAAACGUCGAAUUGUCCCGAACAUUCCGAAUGUUAAAAAUCAACCAAUGAGAAUGCCAAAUUAGUCUUCAAAGUUACGGAGAUGAAUUUUUUGUUCCAAACAAAGUAAAAACACUAAAAAAUGUGGUUAAAGUGGUUGAAAGUGGUGAAGUUUGGUUGUGUUUACGAAAGUGGGAUUUGUUGAUGUUUUUCAAAUAUUCAUUAGUGGAAAAUACAGUAGUUUGUUAUAGAUUUUUAUUGAUGUUGUAACCAAAAGUGUCUUCGCCAAAAUGGACGAAGUUAAAGCUCGCAUUCGGCCCCAAGGCUCAGUAUGUAGUGAUUCCAAUGGUGAUGACACUUCUAAAAAUGACUUGUCUUCCAACCUGGACUCAAGAUUGUGUUUAGUUGGUAACUUGUCCAAAGAUUUGAAACUGCGUUCAGUGGCUGACACAUUUGGUAUACCUGUGGUGACUUCGAAAGAUGGACAAGAAUUUGCUCAAGAUGAUAGUUGUCACACGAUAUUUGUAUUGGAAAACUUCGAAGGAGAUGUAUUCAAUAGAUUGAAUAAGUUGAGACUGCCCCUUUUGGGUCCUCCUGCCCUCCAACAGCUGGCUGCCAGGAAAGAAAAACUUCCUGAUAACACUAGGCCCCUCUACACUCUAGCGAUGACAGGAGUUGUUGUUUGUUUUAUGGGAUUUAGAAAUAAGGACGAACUGACAAUGUUGGUACCCUUAAUUCACCACAUGGGUGGAUCGAUAAGAAAAGACAUGUCAGCCAAAGUUACUCAUCUGAUAGCCAACAGCUGUGGGGGUGAAAAAUAUCAGUAUGCAGUUACGUUUCGGUUGCCUGUGAUGAAUCUUCAGUGGGUCCACUCUAGUUGGAAGCGAAGGCACGAAUUGGAUUUUGUAGCCACUUUGGAUACAUUUGUGGCUGAACACAAAUUGAAGCCAUUCCAUGGUGCCAAAGUAUGUUUUGUAGGUUUCGAUGAAAAAGAAGAAAAUCAUAUGGUCGAGGUGCUUUUGUCGAAUGGUGGAAUAGUCACGACCCUUGAUGAUCCGAAUUGUACCCAUGUGGUAAUGGAAAAUGCAGAAGUCUACACACUAGAAGCUGCUAGCGCACCACUCUCCCCUACCGCCAAGACAACCUCAUCUGAAAUAUUCCCGCAAGAAACCCCUCCAAACAAAACUCCCCGAACUCCUCUCCACCAAAAUGGUGUCAAUCAUAACCUCAAUCUGAGCUAUUGUUUCAAAGCGAGUCAAAGCAUUGCGUGCUUGGAAACUCUGCACGAGCAUUCUCGUGAUGACAUCGGUGUCAACUUCAGUAAUAGGAACAGCACUUGUUUCGAGCAGUCAUUAAACUCUAACCAAACUCCUCAUAAGCGUAAGAGGAAGUAUGCUUCUCCCGAACAGCCAAGCAUAUUGGCUAAGAGGAAACGGGAUAAGAGCUAUAGCGAGCGCAAAAAAAAAGUUUCAGAGUUUUUCAAGACGCCCAUUAACUAUUUUUCUAACCGUAGGCGUACCAUUGACGCAUCGAGUUUCAAUCAGAGUUUGAACGAGAGCGUUAUAUCUAGCUCGGGAAUCUUUAACGUAGAUACCAUUCAGAAUUUGAGUUCAUAUAACGAAAACGAUGCAACUCCUAGAGGUGUAGCGAAAUGCGCGAAGAAAAAUUUAUUUUCUCGAACGUUCAGUUCCUCUAAGUUCGGUAGAAAAUCUAGAAAAAAUCCGGAUCUGAACGCUACGAAGUUAUCGUUCGGUGAACCGAGUGAUAUUGACGGUAGAGAGAAAUUGAACGCCAGCUGUUUUCCUGAUAUAUCCCUGAAUCCCAUUACCACUAACACUUGUGAGCUUAGCAGCGAAUAUGGCAGGGCGAAGAGGAGAAUUUCUGCUGUGUCUGCUGUUGCGGUGGUGGACGAUGCGUCAGGCGUGGAGAGACCAGACGGACCUCCUAGAGCAUGGGUUGUUAAAGCAGAAUGGUUCUGGACGUCAGUCCAGAAAGAAAUCAGUCUUCUCGAGAAGGAGUUCCUCUACGACGAUCGAGGUGAACAAGGCCUUUCCCCCGUCGGUAGAAGGGAUUCUCUCGUUCCCACCCCUAGCAGCGGUAGCAGAAGAAAGAGAAAACGUCUCCACGAAACUCUCUCAUCCCUCGUUCAACCCCAGUCCCCCGCCCUGCAUAAAAGGAGGUCGUCGAUUAGCGAUGCCGGUUUGUUGUCUGUUUCCGGAUCAUUUCUCGACUGCACCACGAGUCCUAACAAGGAGAUACUGGAAGUAACAGAACCUUUGGCUGAAACUCCCAGAAAGGGGUUGACUCAGCGGCAUCAGGUUUUUCUGGAGUUGUUGCAGACAGAGAGUAACUAUGUGGAUAUAUUGCAUACUAUCAUGACCAUGUUCAAAAAACACCUGGAAGAUAUGCCAGACGAAGAAGCCUUACUGAACAAUACCGAAUUGAAUCUCAUUUUCGGCAAGCUACCUCCCAUAUACGAGACCCACGUCAAAAUGUUGGACGAGUUUCGAUGGACUCUGGCGCACUGGAACGAAGAGCGUAGCAUAGGGAAUAUAAUCGUAAAAUACUCUUCGGAGCUUCUCAAAGCGUACCCGCCAUUCAUAAAUUAUUUCGAGGAAAUGAAAGAGGUGCUGUGCCAAUGUGACCAGAACAAACCUAGGUUUCACGCUUUCCUCAAAGCUUGCCAGACGAGGCCAGAGUGUGGAAGGCAAAGCCUCAAGGAACUCAUGAUGCGACCUGUGCAGAGACUCGGCAGCAUGAGUUUAUUAUUAGCUGAUAUUUUAAAGAAUACUCAAAAGACAAAUCCAGACUAUCCAGCCUUAGAUCAAGCCUUGGCAGCCUUAAGGGAGGUUAUGACCCAUAUUAAUGAAGACAAAAGAAAAACAGAAGGACAAGUAACUUUGUUCAACAUUUUCAACGAUAUUGAUAACUGUCCGCCCGACAUUGUUUCGUCCCAUCGUUGUUUCAUAGCGAAAGCUGAAGUAGUACAACUCUCUUCUUCCGAAGGGCUCUCCAGCAAAGGCAAUAAUCUAGUUCUCUUCCUCUUCUCGGAUCAGCUAGAGGUGUGUAAGAAGAAAUCCAAAGCUUUCAAUAGUCUAAAGAGCCCUUCGACUGUGGGUGGCAGCCUCCAAAGCAAACCCAAUGCCAAACCAUACAAGCACGUGAAGCUCAUGGCUCUCAACACUAUCAAGCGAGUGAUAGACAUCAAAGAGACUGAAGAGUGUCAGAAAGUGUUCAGUUUGGUCUGCAGGAACAACGACGAUAUGAAAGAGAGGCUGUAUUCUUUUGCGAUGGACGAAGAUGCAGACAAGCCUGCAUUUUUGAAAACAUUGACGAGGCAGAUGGCGAAUAACGCUUGUACCGCUGAUGCAGAUAAAUUUAUGGCCUACCUCGAACCCCAGCAGUUGGACAUCGACACUAGCGAUGUGAGCAACGGCACCCUCUCGAAAGCCUUCAAAUUCGCGACGACGAGAUUAAAAGUCGGUCGCGCUUUUUCCUUCAACAAAACCCCCUCGAAACUGAAAAGAGCAGUAUCAUCGAUGAUGUCGCCUUUUGGAAGCUCAACGAAUCUCACACCCGCCUCGCAGCUUGCCCAGAUGAAACUCGCCAGUUACAGCAAUCUCAACGAAUUGAGUAACACAGAUAAUGCAGACAGCCAGCCUGUAGCCCCAAUGUCAGUUCAACCUACCAGAAAAGUGAAAUCUUCCUCAUUAGGUGUAAAUACUUUGAAACGAUUAUAACAUUUUAUUCAUAGGUUUUAUCAAUUAUUUUAUUAUAUUUUAGCAAGGCAGUUAUAUUUGUACAUAAGUUUUAAUGUAUAAGUUUCACUAUUUUUACCAGCUCUUAAUUGAAAAUUGUAAGUAGCAACGUGAUCAAAAAAUUUGUAAAUUUUAUAAAUCCCUCCAUAUGUCAUUCACAACAUGUAUUAUAUUCAGCCGAUCGUUUGAUUUUACUAGUUCUACAUCUUGUAGUUUUAUACUGUGUUAGAGAAUACACCUUAUAGGUGAUAUUACAAUAAUGAAAAAUGAAAAUAAAUGAGUUCACAGUCAAAA